AUGGAAGUUCCUAGGAAACACGAGCAUGGCCUACACAACGCAGAUCGUAGGGCAAGAGAGCUUUACCGCUACUACCAGCCUGCUUCUCAAGCUGAAGUGGUCUCAUCUUCGCUUCCUACAAACGAUGGAUUUCCCUUUUCUGCAAUUUCAGGAAGUACUAUCACUCCACCGAUCUCUGAGGGCUCUAUGCCUUCACACAGCACAACUUCCCGACCAGCGACGGCAACUGUGACAGAAGCUCUCGUUCUGGGCACCUCGAACAGUACUAUGACGUCAUUUGCCCAGCUAGCGGCCUUGCGAUUGAAUGUCGAGCGGGUGUUUAUAUCUGUAUUGGACCGUGACCAACAAUACAUCAUUGCCGAAGCCACAAAAUCUCUAAAUUUGAACGAUCCGUCAGUCCACGACGACAAUGAUGGUGUCUGGUUGGGGGCAUCCGACACCCGCAAGACAUGGAGUGUGUGCAAGGACACUGUUUCACUACCCCCCAACGACCGCGAGAAUGCGGACUACCAAUUUCUAGUCGUGAACGACUUGACCGAAAAUGAGCGCUACAAACACCUUUCCUUCGUCGACAAAGACUCCAACUUCCGCUUUUUCGCGGGAACUCCCUUGACAACAGACAAAAACAUCAAUUUGGGUUGUUUCUUCGUGUUGGACACAGAGCCCCGAGAUGGAUUGACACCGCUAGAGAAGGAUACCCUAGGAUCUAUCUCGAUGCUUGUGAUGGACUACUUGAGCGUUUGCAGAGAGGCUUGCGAGGGACGCCGGGCCGCACGCCUUUCCCGCGGGCUUAGCUAUUUCGUUGAAGGAAGCUCUAGUUUUGUGGAUAAUAUCGAUCAGUCGCACACCGGCAGUGUCAGUCUUCCAUCAGCAACUCCCUCAUCUUCCCACAAUCGAAUGAGUGCAUCCGGUGGUUCCCAUGAAAAUGGCCCAGAAAACGUGUCUCAAACGUCAUCCAAUAGUCCACCGAACGACCGAUCACUCAGUACCGACGCGCGUUCUUUCAGCUCCGUCCCGUCCGAUUUGAAAAUGGACUAUGAUUCGAAAUUAAGCAGUGGUUCAAAAGUUGAAUCGGGCACUGUAGAGAGCUCACUGCCAGAAUGGCUGACAAGCAGCAGCCGAAAUCGACUACCUUCCGAUGACUCGCAAGGUAACUCUUGGUGUUUCCGCAGGGCGGCCAACUUACUCCGUGAGAGUCUUGACCUGAGCGGCGAUAGUGGGGUCAUUUUUCUGGAGGCUAACAACUUCCCUUUGAUGGAUGCAGAAAUGGGGAGUGACUGUUCCGACACAGGCGGACCUGCCUCUGUGCUGUCAGCAUCAACAAAUGAAGAACCGUUUGCUCCCCAGGCAGGGUCGAUGGCCACCUGCGCUGCGGCCAACUUGGACCGAUCAUUUCUCCAACUGUUACUUCGACGGUACCCCAAAGGAAAGCUGUGGUCUUUCCACCGCGAUGGGCUCAUCUUGACAUCAGACGAUGACGACCAAGAACUGCAAGACAAGGCCCCUCUUAGCACCAGUGCCAGUCGAUCUCCACCCAGUGCUCCACAACCUUCAAAGCCCUUGCGAAAACGGAGAAAAGCCGCGGAGAACUCAAUACUCAACCAGUAUUUCCCAAAUGCCGCGCAAAUCAUGUUUGUGCCUUUGUGGAAUGCUGUUUCCUCGCAGUGGUUCGGAGGGUGUUUCUGCUGGAGUACAGUUGAAACCCAGGUGUUCACUACCUCAGUCGAGCUCAGUUCCGUGCUUGGGUUUUCAUCUUCCAUUAUGGCCGAAUAUAGCCGUGUUGAAUCCCUCAUUGCGGAUCGGCAAAAGGGAGAUUUUAUUGGGAGUAUCUCACAUGAACUUCGUAGCCCCCUUCAUGGAAUCUUGGCCGCUGCCGAGUUCUUGAACAGUACUCAUCUCAACGAAUUCCAGGCCUCAUUGCUUGAGACUGUUAAUUCCUGUGGCCGGACGUUGCUGGAUACAAUGAAUCAGGUACUUGACUUCAGCAAAGUAGUAUCCUUGGAACGAACCUGGCGGUCAAUAAAACGUAAGAAAGAGUCUUCGCUGGAAUUCAAAGGUUCAGACAAACUGGCGCAUCAUCUGGAUACGCUUGUGGCUACUGAUGUAGCCAUCCUUGCCGAGGAAGUCGUUGAAGGCAUCUGUCUUGGCCAUGUAUAUGGUCAGAGCUCUACUGCUUCAGCGGACCUGCCCGUUUUGAUGCCACAUCAAACAAAGUCGCAGAAUCAGUGGUCGAAUGUCGAAGUUGUUAUCGACAUUUCAUUCCGAGAUUGGGUUUACCGUACUCAGCCGGGUGCUUUGCGGCGCAUCAUUAUGAAUCUUUUUGGAAAUGCCAUGAAAUACACAGACUCUGGCCGUGUCACUUUAUCCUUGGCAGCAUCUAGCCAAUCUGAAGGACGAUCUCGGCGGCAGGGCCUUGAAGACUUGGUUACAUUGACAGUAACCGACACGGGUAAAGGUAUAUCGGAAGAGUUUUUGCGCGGCAAGCUUUAUACACCUUUUGCCCAGGAAGACGCCCUGGCUGUUGGUACCGGGCUGGGAUUGUCAAUUGUUCGCAGUUUGGUCAAGGCUCUGGAUGGAAGCAUUCGAAUUCGCAGCCGUCCUGGGGAGGGCACUGUCGUACAUGUAUCCCUCCCCCUAGAGCGGCCUGUUGGCAAGGAAAGCCCGGCCAUCGAACCGUCUGGACAGCUUAUCCAACAGAGAGAGACCUUGACCCAAACUCUUCUACUACGCGAGGCAUACCCUGGUAGACGAGCCUCCAUCUGGGGAGCCAAUCCAACCGAUGUGAAUGCCGACUCUAAUUGGUCUGAAAUUGCUCGGUACCUUUCAGACUGGUAUAAAAUAGAGAUCGUCGCAUGGACACCGGAAGCCCGAAUUGAUCUUGUGCUUAUGGAUGAAAACGACCUACCGAACUUCCGCACCACUGCACCCUCGGCUACUUUGCCUGCUCUUCUCGUUCUAUGUCACAAGUCAGUGGAUUACACUGGGGCAAAAUCCGAGUGGUUGCCUCUUGCCUCCUCCGUGGACAUCAUCCGGCGUCCCUGUGGGCCACACAAGUUGGCUCGAAGUGUGAUGAGGUGUCUGACCCACGGCCAAUCGAGAUCCGCGACACCAGCUUCCGCUCUGCAACCACUGAGUCUGCCUCUCAGGACGUCCUCGUUGCCAUCUGCCUUCGUUUCACCCCUCAUGUCCUCCGCUGAUAGCUCUAGCGCUCCGGAGCUGAGUUGUCCUGGAAUCCGCCCCAUGACAAUUUCACCACCGCAAGCUGCAUCACAAAUCACCACACUACCCGAGGAAAUUUCAGAAGCCCCCUUAACAGGACCACUGGUAGAGGACACCACCAAAUCUCGACGACUGACACGAGUGCUUGUGGUUGAUGAUAAUCGCAUAAACCUCAACUUGAUGAUGACGUUCCUCAAAAAGCGCCAGCUAACCGAGCUGGACCCAGCUGAGAACGGCAAAUUGGCGGUGGAGGCAGUCGAGCGUAUGCAGAGCGGUUACGAUAUCAUCUUCAUGGACAUGUCGAUGCCGGUCAUGAAUGGUUUCGAGGCUACACGUGCUAUCCGCUCGUUGGAGAGGGACAUCGAUGGCCGUACCCCAGCUAUCAUAAUUGCUCUGACUGGACUGAGCAGCUCUCGUGAUGAGUCAGAUGCCAUUGCUUCUGGUGUAGACCUGUUCCUCACCAAACCUGUCUCUUUCAGAGAAGUCGCACGGCUACUAGAUGAGUGGGAAAGGGAUGGGAUGGUAACAGAACGGAAGAUGGCAUGUUGA